CUUCCAAACGGCCUAUAUAUCCCAACUCAUGGAUAAAAAUCCUAAUCGUGUAACACUAUUUCGACGUCUCGUUCCAUCUGAUUACCGGUUAAGCGGCGUUUAAAUUAGCAAAAUCGUAUUUCCCUCCAUUUUGUAAAGUUGAACCAACGGAAGUAACUGUUCAGCGACACUAGCGGAUUGUCAUAAUGACAUACCAAGGGCGGUAACUCCAGCGAGGCCUUCCGAGUGACAACAAGGUUAACGAAAAGGUAAGAGAAUAUCGAUAAAGUACGGGAAAAUCAAAACAAAACAAAACAUGGACGAAUAUCAAAGGGAAGCCUUUAAUCUGGCCACUUCUGGCCAUAAUUUAGUGAUUACUGGCCAGGCAGGCUGCGGCAAAACAUACAUAGUAAAAAACAUAGUGAAACAAUUAAACAGCGACGGAAAAUGUGUUUCUGUUGUGGCUUCAACAGGAAUAGCUGCCACACAUUACAGCGAUGUCGGGGGCAAAACUCUGCACAAGUGGGCAGGCAUUGAGGAUGGCAGACAUCUCAAUGAAGAGAUCACUCAUCUUGUCAAAACCGAUGAACGGUUUGAAAAAAUAAAAGGCAACAUUGAAAAGGUUGAUGUUCUUAUAAUUGACGAGGUGUCAAUGAUCAGUGCAAAAGUCCUUCAUCAAGUGCAGGUGCUGUGUAAGGAAGUAAGGAAUUCAAGUUUUAUAUUCGGAAACAUUCAAGUAAUUUUAGUUGGAGACUUUUAUCAACUACCACCCAUCUCAAAUCAACUGAAUGGAGAUAACGGGAAAUAUUGUUUUACACUACCUUGGUUUGACGACUAUUUCCAGCAUAAGAUCUGUUUACCUUUAAUACACCGUCAAACUGAUGUUAGUUUGAUCAAAUGUAUAAACGAGCUGGAAACAGGGGAGGUUUCGGAUGAAAGUGUGGGUUUUAUAAAUUCAUUGAAUAGGCCAAUUGAAAAUGAGGAAGCAGCAACACAGUUAUUUGCCAAGAACCUGGAUGUUGAUAUCUUCAAUUACAAGAAACUAAACACUCUAGAAGGAGAACUUAAAGUGUACAAGUCUAAAGAUGAAGGCUCUCACCACUAUCUGAAUAAGUUUUUAGCACCAAAAAACUUAGCACUCAAGGUCGGGUGUCCUGUUAUGCUUGUCAAAAAUUUAAGUGAUAAACUAGUAAACGGUCUUCGGGGAGUCGUAACAGCACUGAACACAGAUUCUGUAGAUGUAAAAUUUAUAUUACAUGACAAAGACAUUACAUCAAAUAUCAAAACUGCUAAAUUUACAACAUUUGACCCUGUCGACAAAGCUAUUUUAGCUAAACGCGUUCAAUUGCCACUUAAGGUGGCCUACGCUAUCACAGUUCACAAAUCUCAAGGAAUGAGUUUACAUAAUGUAGUUGUUAAUUGUGAAAACUGUUAUCAAGCUGGUCAAGUUGGUGUUGCUGUCGGCCGGGCUGUUUCAAUAACAGGACUCAGAGUUUUGAAUUUCAAGAAGUCUCUAUGUAAAAGCCAUUCUAUACAGGUAAAGGAUUUUUAUAAAAACAUUAACCUUGGACAUGUGGAUGCCAAUUUGACAUGUUGUAGAAAGGAGCAGUUGUCGGAGUCAAAUGAAGAAUAUGAUGAUACCUGUGGUGAUCCUCCUGUAGUCAACCCAGAUAUUGAUUCUGACUAUGAAUUUUCUGAAAGUGAAAUUGACAAUUUGGAAUUUAUUGACAGUUUUAAUGAAAACGAAGAUGCCUGUAUAGAACAGGUGCAGACUGUGAGAUCAAAAGAGGCCUUAAGCAAUGUUAUGAAGGAGUUCAUUGAUACACCAAUGGAGACAAUCAUGUUAUCAUUUGAAAAAGAUAUCAGACACAAUUAUCAGAGUUUUGAUAACUGGUUCAAAAACCAGUAUUCAGUAAUUGAGGAUAUUGGAUUGAAUUGUUAUCCAGAAGAUGUUCACAAGUUCUCUCAAAAACACAGAAAUGAAUUUUUCAAAAAAUUUAACAUGUAUCUCAACUCAACAGAAUAUGAAAAUGGUACUUCAGCAGUUUUGAAGUUUUACCAAAGAGAUGUAAAUGGACCAGAAUUUCAAGUGUUAACAUCCAUUUUAUUUUACCUUGAGAAACAGUUUUUCAAUACAUUGUCGGAGCAUCUGAAUCUUGAACCUGUGACUGCAAUCAGAACACCAGUCUCCACAUCUCAAGAUCUUGACUCAUCUGCAAGAGGGAAAUUGAGAUAUAUUAGUGGAUAUGUCCUAGCUAAAUUGAAAUACAAACUUUCAACGAAGAUGAGAAAUGUUCUGGGAGCCCAUGGAAAGGAGGCUGAAGUUGAUUCUUUGCAAGACCAAAUGCAUACAAUAAAUUCUUUGUGUUCAUCAUAUGAUGAAUUACAAGAUUCAACAACAGAUCAGGACAGUUUACUGGAAACAAAAAGAAAACAAAAUGAACGGGAAAGUUUAACCAACAUAAAGGACAAUACUUUCAAAUUUUUCACUGGAUUAGACUCACUUUGUCGUGGAAAGGUUACUCACAAAAACCUCAGUGAAUCUGGAAAAGAUUUAUUUGGUAACAUAAAGGAAGAACUGUGUAAGGACUCCGAAUUGUUUCAAACCUGGGUUAAGUGUUUGACAGCAUCCAAGGUGAUGGAUCAAAGUCCUUCCAUUGGGGCGUCCAAUGAUGUUGCUGACAUACUGUUCACAAUGGUAAUUACCUGUGAAAAUUACAUAGAACUAUUUCAUUCAACAGUAACAUUAUUUUUGAAAGUCAGUCUGAGCCAGUUCAGAAGGGACUAUCUGACCUUUUUGAAAAAAACAAAAUGUCAAGCUUUAAGGAAAAGGGUAAUGAAAAGAUCAAAGUUAGCUUCAAAGUGUUUCUCUAUAAAAUCUUUUAUUGAGGACAAGUCAGAUGGAAAAGAAGUAUCCUUCUUGAAAUUAAAAUCUGAGCUGUUACAAAACCAAAAGUAUUUGGUUGAGAGCUCUUUCACGAAACAGGACAUCCUUUUAUUGUGCAAGACAUAUGCCAGCAAUAUAACUGUGUCAGUUCAUAAAAGGAAGGAGGAAAUUAACAGGAUACUUGUAAGAGAAAUACUACAAAGAGAUUCGCAUACCAGUCAUGGUCAAAUUAAAGAUGCUGGUACUAGUGCAGCUCCGGAUAUCCACACGGACCCUGAUGUGUUAGCUGGACCCAGUGGAAUACAGCAUACCUCCACGUCUGUUAGUGCUGAUCAUGAUGUUGCUUUGGCGCCAGAGGCUGUAAAAAAAACACGCAAGAGAAAAUUAGUUGGGAAAGGAAAAGGAAAAGGAAAAGGUAAAGGAAAGCGCAGGGCAUGUAUUGAGUCGUCUGAAUCGGAAUCAUCAGAUGGUAAAUGUGGAAUUUGUAAUGGUGCAUACGUUGAAGAUGAACAGUGGAUUUGCUGUGAUUUGUGCUCCUUAUGGUUUCACCGAAAUUGUGUGCAACUAGAUGAUGAGGAGGAAUGGUACCGCUUAACUGAAGACGAAGAACCCUUUACAUGUCCAAUGUGUCAGUAAAUUACAGCAAGUCAAUAGUGGCAUCCAGUUUCACUCCAUCCUCACCAAGACUGACUUUGAACUGCUCCAUCAAAUGUAACAUCUCACCAUUGAGAACAUCUUCAGCUAGAUGAUUCCGCAUUUUGCCUUCUGAUGUGAGAUAUAGAUGAUCCUGGGUAAGUUUGUGAUGGAUGGGAAAGGGAUGAGUAGAGAUAUCCCACAAGUAGGCUUUAGUAAAAUGAUCCCACUGGAUGAACUUUCCCUCCAAUCUCAGAUGCCUCUUGCAUGCACUGGUAUUGCCGCUUUUAGAAAUAUUAUUUCUAAUUUUCUUUAUGACAUGUGAGAAAUCCAUGAUAAAGAAUAACCUCGGGUUGUCUCUGCAAUAUAUAUUUUUAAAAGAACAUGUGGUUGGAUUCACUGUGUCAAAAUUUGGCAGCACAAGAUUUAGAAGAUCCCUGUUACUCUGGGCCCCAUCUGUGCUAAUGUACUGUAUUUUGAAUCCAAACAGGGACAACAUGUUAACAGCUUUCCAAAGCAACAGGUAUAAUUCAUGGCCGGAAGCAGUUGUAGAGGGAACGUGAGCAAAAGGAAACCUGAAUCCUGUAUAUCCCAGAAACACUAGCUGGAGAACAUGAGAGGCAAGGACACGCUCUUUCGAGUUAGAUUUUAGCUGAUCAAAGACAAUACUCUCAGGUGUACAUUCACUAAAACCAAUCAGUUGCACCUCCCCAUUUUUCAUUUUGAAUUGUAGGUCUGGCUGUAUAGCCAUUUCAUCAAACAACAGGCCUCCUUCCAAACCUUCAGGGGGAAUGUUUUUUAAUUGAGCCUCGUGAGCCAUCCAGUGCAGAAUUUCUUUAUUUAUUCCAGCGUCUUGUGAAACUUGAUUCUUAUAUUUCUGUAAAAGUUUUUCAGAAGGUAAAAUCAUAAAUUCACUGUUUCGCAGAUCAGUGUAGCCUCUCGGACUUCGGCACCACAAUGUCAAACACAAUCUAAUGAUAUCCUUACCCCACCUACGGCCAAACGGAUGUCUUUCUAUUGCCAUUUUUUGGGACAUAAGAAAACUUUUCAUAUUGACACUACAUUCUGGAAAAAUUUGUUUAAAAAUUGUUGACAUAUCAUUAUGGUCACUUUCACAUAGAAUUAUAUCAUCAUUCAUGUCACUUUGAACAUUUUUCACUUCAUUAUUAUUGACUGAUUUGUCCACAAAUUGGUUUGUGACAUUUUCCUUGUUUUCAUUUGUUGUGUCACUGUAAUAUGAUAAUUUCUUACAAUUUUUACAUGUUGUUGAUGCAUUAUUUGAACUAUUGAAAGGCAGUACAGUAACACAUGCCUUGGCUCUGUAUCGAAUACUUUCAGCAUUUUCAUCGCCAACUCUUGAGACAUUUUCUUUAAAAAAACCUGUAUCCAAUUGGGAUUCCCCAAUGGUAUGCACACCAUUGCAAUAUUUGAGUUGUCGCACUGUAUUAAAUACACAUUCGGUGUCAGUAAAAUUGUCAUUUAUUCCCAAACUUUCCAGAUUUACAACAUUUCCUUGCACAGAAAGAGACCAUUUGUGAUUCGAGUUCAAAACAAGUUCUGACAAUACUUUGUUUCCAUUGAUCACAUUACCUGUGAAAUGACCAGCUACAGUUUUUAAAGGUGAAGUGGAGAUGACAAAAAAAUCAGAUGGUAUUGAGUUGAUUGGGAAUUGAAACGGUUCAGAUGUAGGCCUAAUGUCUGUCUCUGCUUUCCAUGAAAGUCCAUAAUACCUUUGUGUAGUUUUUGUCCAAUCAGUCCUGCUACGACCAGCUUUCACUUUAGUUCCAGGAAAAAGUUGUUUGAUAUGAUUACCUAACGUUGCACUAGUGAUAGGUGAUCCAAAUUUUGCUUUGAUUUCAGCUAAAUCAAUAUAAUUAUUGUCAUUACAUUUACACAGGUUUUCCAUGAGCCAUGUCACCUUAUAACUUCUGUCAGACGAUGUCAUAAUUAAGUUUUCUUUUUUUCUCUAGAUGAAACGUAUUUGACGUUUCCCACAAGAUCUUUAAAUAUUCCGCCAAAUAAAUACUCGAUAUUCUCUUACCUUUUCGUUAACCUUGUUGUCACUCGGAAGGCCUCGCUGGAGUUACCGCCCUUGGUAUGUCAUUAUGACAAUCCGCUAGUGUCGCUGAACAGUUACUUCCGUUGGUUCAACUUUACAAAAUGGAGGGAAAUACGAUUUUGCUAAUUUAAACGCCGCUUAACCGGUAAUCAGAUGGAACGAGACGUCGAAAUAGUGUUACACGAUUAGGAUUUUUAUCCAUGAGUUGGGAUAUAUAGGCCGUUUGGAAGG